AUGGCUGAAAACAGUAAAGAUUUAUCAAAUAUCGAUUUCGAUAAUGAUUGGAAAUGUUAUUGUCAAGAAUCAAAUAAUAAAACAAAUGAAAAAACUAUCCUGUCAAAUGCAUCUACAGACCAAGAUUGGUCGCCUAUUGAAUUACCACAUAUUAUUAAUACUAGCCAAAGUAUAAACAAUUCUUACAAAUGGUGGUAUUGUAAACAAUUUGAUUGGACAUCAAUAGAUCAACAAUCUAAAGAACAAAUCUAUUUGGAUUUCGAAUCAUCUGAUAUUCAAGAUAAUAAAUCUGAGAUAUCUGCUACUAUAUGGCUUAACAAUACAGAAAUCUUUUCAGAUUCGAUAUCAUUACUAAAACAUCCAAUUGAAUUGCCUUCAGAAUUAUUACAUAGUGAAAAUAAACAUGGUAAUAUGCUGGUUAUUUGUUGUGUAAAUACAAGUCUUUCUCUUCAUGUUUGUCUUCUUAUUCAAGCAAAAAUUAUUUAUGCAACUGGACAAGUAAUGAGUGAUGAAAGAAGUCUUGAUAUUUCUCAAGAUUCAGAUAAACAAAAAAAUAAUGUUCUGGAUUAUACGGUUAGUGUUGAUGAUGCUGAUGGACGUAUUGAUGUUAAAUUUAAUCCAAAACUAAAAUCAAAAUCUCUAUCAACACAAUUAUCAACAUUAAAACAACCUUCACAGUCAAUUAUCGAUGAAAACCAAAGCACUGAAAAUAUUGAUGAAGAUCUUCUUGUACCUCGAUUAGCUAUUGUAAUACUUAUAGUAGGGACAAGAGGUGAUGUGCAACCAUUUAUUGCUCUAGGUCAAGCACUUCGAGCAGUUGGUCAUCGUGUUCGAAUAGCAACACAUGAAACAUUUCGAUCAUUUGUUCGUGGUAAUGGUUUAGAAUUUUAUCCUUUAGCUGGUGAUCCAGCUGAUUUAAUGUCAUUUAUGGUAAAAAAUUCAGGUAUUAUUCCUUCAAUGAGUAGUAUUAUUGAAGGUGAUGUUAGUAAGAAACGUCGUUCUCUUGCUGAUAUUCUUGCAUCAACAUGGUUAGCAUGUAUAUCUGAUGAUGAUGAAACAAAAGCAUCAUUUACAGCUGAAGCUAUCAUUGCAAAUCCACCAUCAUUUGGUCAUGUUCAUUGUGCAGAAAAAUUACAAAUUCCUUUACAUAUUAUGUUUACAAUGCCUUGGUCACCUACAACUGCUUUUCCACAUCCAUUAGCAAAAAUAGAUAGUUCUAUUGGACCAAAAGGAAAAAUUAAUUUAUAUUCAUAUGAUGUGAUUGAAAUGCUGACUUGGACGGGUAUGCGUGAUAUUACAAAUAAUUUUCGUAAGAAAACAUUAGGAUUAAGAGAAUUACAUACACGUCAAGCAACCAAUAUAUUAACUGAUGAGUGUGUACCCCAUACUUAUUGUUGGUCACCGUCACUCGUUGCAAAACCUAGUGAUUGGGGAGCACAUAUUGAUGUUUCUGGUUUUUUCUUUCUCAAUCUUGGCACUGCUUAUACUAAUCCACCAAAAGAUUUACUUGAAUUUCUUUGUAUCAACGAUGAUGGCAGCUAUAAAAAUCCGAAAUUACCACCACCGAUCUAUGUCGGUUUUGGUUCUAUCACAGGUCAUGAUUCUCGUCGUAUUCUUAAAGUUGUUGUUGAUGCUGUUAAUUUGACUGGAUAUCGAGUAUUAUUGUCUGGUCUCGCUACAGAUACAGAUCAAUUACCUUCUAAUAUAUUUAGAAUUGGUAAUGUACCACAUGAUUGGCUUUUUCAAUAUGUAUCAGCUGUAUGUCAUCAUGGUGGAGCAGGUACAACAGCAGCUGGUUUACGUGCUGGUAGACCAACUAUAAUUGUACCAUUUUUUGGUGAUCAAUUUUUUUGGGGUAAUGUAAUUGAGAAGAGUGGUGCUGGUUCACGACCACUUCCAGGAAAGUCGAUUACGGCUGAUCAAUUAGCUGAUGCUUUUCGUUUUGUACACGAAUCAACAACAUGUACUGCUGCCGAACGUAUCCGUGACGCUAUUUUAAAAGAAGAUGGAUGUGCAGCAGCAGUAUAUUCAUUUCACGCUAAUUUACCUUUAACACAUAUGCAUAGUGAUUUAGAACCAACAUUUGCUGCUUGUUAUCGUUUGGAUAAAUAUAAUAUACAAAUAUCACGUCCUGUUGCUCAAGUACUUGUGGUAGCAGGUGCUAUAGAAGAAUCUGAACUUCGUCCUCAUAUAACACGAGAAUGGAAAUUUGAACAUGAUAAUCGUUUUCAUUUGCCUGGUCAUGGUAUUAUUGAACAUUCUGAAAAAGCUAUUACUAGUAUGUUUACUGAUACUGCUGACGAAUUAAAACGAGCUGUGAAUAAUAAUAGUGCAACAAAAGGAACAUUAGAAAGUGUUGGAACUGUUGCUAAGGGUGUUGGCUUAGGUAUAAGUCAUUUAACAAUUGGAUGUUUGUCAUUAUAUGGUGAAAUAACUGAUACACUCAAUGUUAUGACAUCACUCUAUGAUCCAUAUAGUGCUCCAGAAAAUCGUCAACGACCACGAGUUACAGAUUUUAAAUCAGGUGCUAAAGCAGCUAGUUUAGCGUUAAUUAAUGGUUGGAAAGAUGGUUUUACUGGUAUUGUCACACAACCUCGUGCUGGUUAUGAACGUCAUGGUGCCUUGGGUAGUGUAGCUGGAUCAUUAAUAGCUACAGCUAAUAUUGCUGUAAAACCUACAGUGGGCACACUUUCAUCAGUUACUUAUCUAAGUCGAGGUGCAUAUGCUAGUGUUAGAAAAACAAUAGAAACUUAUCGAAAUGAAGGACGACAUAUUUCAUCAAAACUAUUCGAUACGUCAUCAUCGAAUGAAGGUGAUGAAUCAUUACAGAAAAAUAAUGAUGAUGAAGAAAUCUCUACGAUUAUUAAGACAGCUGCAACUAGAUCAGGUUAUCAUCCAAAAGUAUGUCAACAUAUUAUUCAGGAAUUUGAAAAAAUUAAGCAAGAACAAUCAACAAAUCCAUCAAUCAAUAAAAGAAAGGGUAUAUCUGAUCUUGUCUCCAAGAAAUAA